AUGUCGGGCAACAAGGACCAGACUUCGACGCUGCAGAGCGUUGUUGACCAAGCCAGCGCAGCCAUCUCCUCAGGGAUUGGAUCCUUGACCGGUAAUCCCGCUGACAAGCGCGAAGCAGAGACCAAGCGCGCCACCGCCGAUGCAGAGCAUGACCUCUCCCACACCGCCGCAAAGGCUGGCCCUUUCACCGUAAACGCCUCGGGCGGCGUCGCAAAGGACGACCCGGAUCGGUCAGCUGGCUCCUGGAACCAGACAGUGGGCUCAGCCAAAGAAGCCCUCGGUGGACUCGUUGGCGCUGAAGGCUUGCGCCAGGAGGGCAUCCGGCAGAACGAGGAGGGCAAGGGACAAGAGGCUCAGGGCCAGGUCAAGGACCUCGGCAAGGGUCUGCACGACCGGGUUGGAGGCGCCAUUGGCGGCGCGGUCGCUGGGUUGACCGGCAACGCUGCGCAGCAGAGCGAGGCGCAGAAGCAGCACGAUGAUGGCAAGGCCCGGCAGCGGGGCGUGGAAGUAGACUUGCAGAAGCAGGCCAGGCAGGAGAUCUGA